GCAGCAUGAUCGAGGAAGUACCUCUACCGUUUUCAUGUAGCAUUAGUAAAUGUAAAAUUUAAGCAAUAUUGGCGCUGUUUUGCUAAUAAAGAACACAGGUAAACUGAAAAUGUCCUUCGGCUCCGAGAUUACCAAUACCUUAUUACUCGGGAAAGACGAGAUAUUGCAUCAACAGGUUCUUGCCUCCUUCCCAUUGUGUGACGUGACAGAAGAAGACCUGACCCAGAACCCAUUAUUCUGUAAACUCCUGGCCAGUUUGACGCAAUAUGUGGAUAAAACUGGACUGACUGUCCCAGUAAAGACAGAACUGGAUAAGGCUGAACAGAAGCUCCAUAGUCAGAUACAUCAGUGGCUCUGCUCUGAAAGCCUCCAGAGAGGGCUGCAGGAGAUGAUCCAGGACAAUUGCGUCAGGAAGCAUCAUACUACUGUACCCCCUGAUCAGAGUAUGUUCUUUGAAACUAUGGAGAAGUGUCUUCUGUUGGCUCAUUAUGUAAAACAACUGGACUCAAGUAGCACUGCAAACUGGGGCCAGCCAGCUGUACUGGGCCUGACACCACAGAAUUUAAUGGAGCUCACACCAAUAAAGCUGAAUGUGGACAGAAUGAAACAGGGUCUGUCCAGAAAGUUGGAGAAGCAUCUGAAGGAUAAGUGUCUAACCCUCCUGUCUUACCUUCAUCCUGAAUGGGAGAAUGACAGUGAGGGUCUUAAAGUGAUCAAGUUGCCUCAUUCGUCAUCUCUGCUGGACAAAGAGAAGAAAAAAGCAGAAAGUCUUAAGGAAACCUGGUGGGAAAACUUAAUUAUUUUGCAAAGACAGACUCAGCUUUACCUCUCUGAGCUGACUAAGUGCAUCCAGGUCCUUCAAACUCUCAUCUUGGAUCACCGGAUCAAGAUGCAGACUGAUUUGGACCACAGGAAAUUAGAUUACUUGAAAGAGAAAUGUGAACUAGUCCUGCAGAAGAUAAAGACUGAAAUGUUGGAAAUUCAGCUAGAGACAUACACAGCAGACACGAUUUCUGCCCACCAAAAAAUCAGAGAGAAGCUGGAAUCUGAGCUAAAGGCUUUGACGGCAGAGAAGCAGGCUAUUGAGUCCAAACUGUCAUCCUUUGAGAUCUUGGGCAAAGAUUUCGAAGGACUGGCUAAUGAGUACUUCAGAUUACGACAAGAGAUAGAAAUGAAAAACUGGGCUCUAAAGGAACUAACUCAGUACAAAAAUAAGUAAACAUCAUGUGUGGUGUUGAGUUGUCAGCAAGUAUGUCACUUUUUGCAACAAGGAAUUGCCCAGAAUGAAAACACACAGCAUUUAUGUUACAGUGACUGCUGCCUGCAUGUUAUUAAUGUUAUUUUGUCUAUCACCAUGGUAAUUUGCAAUUUUGCUUUCUUUCUGUGUAUUCAUAUACACUAAUGUUAAAAGCUUUCUUUAUUUUCUGCUUUUAAUUGUAUGUUGCUAUAAAUCUUCAUAUUAAGGAAAAUAAAAGCUUUGGAACAUCCAUUUAGAAAAUUAAUCUUAUGCAUCUAAAAUAAUAAAAGAAAAAGGGAAUCAAGA